AUGCACGGGGCCACGAGCACCCUGCGAACUGCCGUCUGGCAUCGAGAAUAUACCACAGUACGAAUCAUUGUAUUCAUUGGCGCCACCCGGGUUUGCGACGCCGCGUCUCCAGCCUCAACGGGAACCCGUCAGCCUAACAUGUUUAUUCUCAAGUCUACGGACGAUGCUCCGUCCAGCCAUCGCCAACCAACCCCGGACGACAUGUCUCCCGCGGCUCCGAACCGGGGUCCAGAUGGGCUUUGUUCGGGGCCACAGCAUCGAGGCCUGGGUAUCACGGUCCCAAUCUGGUCUCGUAAGUUUACUGUUUACCUGCAGCAGGUGUUGAGAAUUGGCCCUAUUGCCCUACACUACGGAUCGUUCACCGACCAGAUGCAUCCCCUCUUCAUCUUCCUCUCUCUCUCCCUCUCUCAUUCAUAUUUUGCGACUAAACUUGCCCACCAUGAUCGAUCGGGGAUCCGGCCGGGCCCUGGGAGACCAUCAUGGUUCAUGUCAGGUUUCCUCGACGACGGUCCGCACUCCGUACCCUUCAUUCCUCCUCCAUCCGCGGGCACUCUGCGGUUGGCGCAGGCCGUGCACCUUACUCACCACAUACUGCAUCUGAGAGUGCCUGCCCCCAAAGAAACGAAAAUCGACAACAACACUCACCUCAGAGCAGGCAGACCCGAGUGA